AUGCAGUUGGUGAUCCAUCAUCUAACAAUCAGCCUGUUUUCAUUUGAGCCUAGUUCUCGUGACCUCUAUUCCUACAGAGGGGGUGUCAACGGGGCCUCCGUAGGAAACUACCGUUAUCAGUCUUCUACUAAUAUCCCCGGUGUCCAUAGCUACUUUAACGACGCAUUCUCGAGCCCAGGUCAGGGGGCAGGAUAUGGCAGCUCAGUCUCCCAGUGGAAAGUUCCUCCUAUAUUUCCACAGCCACCUCAUAAUCAACCAGCUGUAUGGGCUGGCUACUUCGGCCUAUUACUUGACUAUCUUUCCAGAGGGGAAAAGUACACAGAACAUCUUAUUAGUCUCCGGCUGUUGGAUAUGCUCUUACACUUUCUGAUAAACGGUGGCCCUAAUCAAUUGCCCCUACCGUCCACCGUUGUCGGGCUUUCCGGAUCCGCAUCCUCCAGCUCUACGUUUGGCGGGACCGGUUUCUUUUCAUUCAGCUUGCCCAGCUCCCUCCGAACCUGCGAUCCUACUAGUAUCAAUCAAGCGACCUCAAAUCCCUUACUCCUUGCUAUUUCUGGCCUCACUUCGACUCAAUUUCAACUAGUUACACAACUUGCGGCCCUCGGCGGUAGCGAGGAUAAACGGGCUACUGAUGGUGCUUGGCCUGUCGGCAUGGCGGUACCCGAUGAUAUAGAGGAGAUUGUUGAGGAGGAGGAGGAGGAGGGAGCG